UCGAGAAAAAGGAAAUCACGAACAACGGAAGAGUAAAAACUCUGAACGAUCAAUCAAUCGGAUAGGUUUCGCGAAAAAUGGCAGAGAAAAAUGGUAGUUUGCCACCGGAGUACGAUGUGAAUGCUAAGUGGGAUGCAUGUCUCGAUCUCACUGUCCGCCGCUUCGUUUACUCUUCCCUCGGCGGCGCAUUCGCCGGUCUUCUGUUCUUCAGGAGUCCUGUUACAAGAUGGGCAUCGAUAGCUUUGGGUGCUGGAAUUGGUAUUGGCUCUGCAUACACCGAUUGUUCUCGAUCUUUUGAUGCACCUUCUUCAUCUUCAGCCAAUUUAGCAGCUCCCAAGGAUACUACAGAGACUUCUCCUGUAUCUCAGGCUGCAGAGGAGUAGACAAUGUCGAUAAAGUGUGAAGUUAGUAACACAUCCAAUGAUCGGGGUAUUCAGAAACAGAGCUAUUAUCACACAAUGACUGUUGAAUUGUUUUCUAAACCUGCAAAGACAAGAGUCUUUUGAGAUAAUGUCAAAUGUAAAAACCUUCUUUUUUUUUUAAUCACUGUAUCUUCCUCAGUGGUUUUGAACAACUGAAUCCAAAAUGUUACAUCAUCAAUCACCCAUUCUAGUUCUUCAA